AGGGGGAGAGCUGGAGGAAGUUGAAGCAAAAGGAAAGUAAACAAAGGAGGCAGGAAAAGGAGUAGCGGUUGGAAAAAAGCAGCAAGCGGUGCAGGCAAAAGUCGGGGACAGAAGCCAAGACGAAGCACGGAAAGAAAAGACAAGUGGCAGCAGUCAGACCAGGUAGACGAGAGAGAGCAAGUUGGAGAGAAGAGGAGCAGAGAGAGAGGGGGAGAGAGGGAUGAGGACGCAGAAAGGCAAAGGAGGUGGACGAUGGGAGUGGUGAGGAAAGCACAGCUGAAGCAAGAGCGAGAGUCCGAGUCACGUCGUCGUCCUGAACCGUCCGAAAAGUGCUAUCAGCAACUCACACACGCACGCAGCAUGUUUACGCCACACAGGGGGGAGCGCCCCAAUAGUCCAGGAUGGAACCUCUGAGCUAAGGAAGCCUUGGACUUGGAACUAACGUCUUUCCUAAAUUUGUCUUCUUCAUGCACACCACAAGAUGUCGGUCAAGCUGCGAUUUGACUCACCUUCGGAUGGAAAUCCAGUUCAUCGUAGUCGCUCCUUCACGGGGUUCGGCUCUGUGACGGGACGACGGCGGCCUUCCUCGGCUCGUAACUCGUUGCGCUCCAAUGCUGCGUCUGAAAGAAAAACUCCACGAGCUCCACUGUCUUCCAGAAGAGGAUUCGGAUCCAUCUGGUCCCUGCAGCCAGAGGAUGUGGACCGUGUUUUCCAGGCGCUACGCAAAGGUCUCAGGGAUCAUGUACAGCGCCACCAGACUGAGAUGGACUUUCUGUCUUCACGGCAGCGAGAAACCAAAAGGAACUCCAGACUGGGCUUUCAGUACGACCUUGACAAGGAGAUUCGUGUUCAGGAGAGGCUUAUCCGAAAGCUGGAAUUCCAAAUCAGCAAGGUGGACGAGCUCUACGAGAACUACUGCGUCCAGUGGCGUCUCUGCCAGGGAGCCGUCAACAUGAAGAGAGCCUUCUCCCUGGCGCCCUCCACCAGGGAGUCCAGAGAGAGCCUCCUGGAACUCGGACGCAACCACAGGCACAGCAUCCAGGACAUGUCAGCCAUGGAGGGAGAGCUCGAGGUCCUCCUGGGAGAACUUCACGUCAAGAUGAAAGGUCUCAUUGGCUUCGCCCGGCUAUGUCCUGGAGACCAGUAUGAGGUUGUACUACAGCUUGGCCAUCAGCGCUGGAGGAUUCGCGGCCGGAUUGAAAGCGACGAUGUCCAGUCUUGGGAUGAGGAGGAGAUGCUCUUCCUACCACACAUCAAGCACAACUUUGAGAUCAAGGUUUCAGAGGCCAAGGGUCUGGGCUGGCAGCUGGUGGGCACGGUGACCUGUGCCAGCGCACACUUCUUUGUGCCUACUCCCCAACUCAUGCUGGUGGACAUUACCCAACUGGGGACCAUCAAGCUACAGCUGGAGGUUACGUGGAAUCCGUUGGACAGUGGUGACAAGGUUGGACUUUUGUCGAGCAGCCGGCCGUCAGGGUGGAGCAGGAAGACUUCAGUGCAAAGUUGGACUGCACCCAGCACACCUUCCUUCUCAGAGAAGUACUUCCGGUCGAUGGUUCAGGAGUUGCAGGACGGAGGAGGAGCUUCAGUCCCACUCCGGAUGAGGAAAAGUGGGCGGGACAGGGGUGUGUCUUUAAUGAGCUAUCUGUCACACUCGUCCAUCACAUCCAGCCUCUCACAGGCCAAGACACCACCCAGCCUCUGCAGCAGCGUGGCAGGAAGUCACACUCAACUUUCCAUGGGCGAGGACGGAGAGGAAAGAGUGACCAGCAGGAGGAGGAGUAAUAUGGGUCAGGAGGAAGAGGAAGAGGAGAAGGGGGAGGCCUGGGGAGGAAUGUUUGCUUCUCCUUCUUCGCUUGUGGAUCUUCACAGGUCUAGCACCCCCGACAUCCUCAAAGACAACCAAGACAACCCAACAGGAGGUUCCACGGAGGGCAAGGAUGGUCGACCUAAUGGCGUCAGCAAGGAGCGCAAAGACGUAGCGGACCCCGCCCUGGAAUCCCCCGCUGCCUUGCUACCUUCUACCGCUGCCAAGGUGGAGGGGCUUAGGUCCGGGGGGGAGGCGCCCGGUGCCGGAGAGAGGCGGGCGCAAGCGCUGCGCCUGGGGGGGCUGCUGGCCGGACUAGAGAGAAACAUGCGGACGCCGCAGAACUGUGAGAGCCCACUGAGGGUCUUGAAGCAGCAGAUAGAACACCUCAACACCAUCCUGAGGAACGACCUGUCCCUGAUGAGACCAUCAUCAUCGGAUGACACCUUGGCCGUUGAGGAGGUUCUCUGCAGCUUUGACUUCCUGUCACAUGACGAUGACACUUCCUGUUUCGGCGGCGCUGAGGACCAACGGGAUUGCGAGGAUCAGCCGCCAGUCACCCCACUGACUUGUGGCCACUGGGGUCUAGACCAGGCUCUGGAGACGCACCUGGACACAUGCUGCAUCCUACUGGAGACGCUGCAGAGGAUCAACUUCAGUUCGACUCGUGAGGAUCUGCUUGAGGAUAUUUCUCAACAAGCGGACGUCCUGAACAGAAUCGGCUGCUUGCUGCUGGAGGACAAGGACAAUAUCUGCACUGAUGACUUGCUCCCAGAGAAUCAGAGGAGCAGGGAGGUUUUGCAAUUCUGGGCCGACUGCGUGCAAGACGCCGCUUCCUCUUCUCCAUUCUGUUGCCCCUCAGACAACUUUGUCAACGCACUCAGGAAACAGUACUCGCACAAAAUUAAAGCCAAAGUCAAAGCCAAGCGGCCUGGGCUCCCCGAAAGAGUGUUCCGCACACUGCUGGAGCAGGUGCAGUCGGCCUGCAGGGCGGCGCUAUGGCCUCCUCAGCCUCCGUGCUCUGCAGACAGAGUGAGCCUGUUCCAGCUGUCCAUUUACCUGAGACGAUGCAAUAUCCCGACGCUGGGCGAACACGUCGCCCGGCUAUCCAAGGAAGAGUACUUCCUGUCGGCCGUGAAGGGUCCCAAGCGCCGGGGCGCGCUCACCAGGAUGACGUCGCGGGGCGUGGCCCGCCUUCUUCCGCUGGGUUGCACGCUGCAGGCGAUGGCGGCACUCCUGACGGAUGCCGACCGCAAAGUGUGCCAGGCUGCCGCCCGCUGCCUGAAGCGGGCUUCUGUCUGCACCGCCUUCCGAGGCAGGGCACUUGUUUACUACACGGAGAGUUUGAGGAGCACCGACGUCGUCAUUCAGCGGAACUCUUGUUUGGCGCUCAAAUGCUUGGCGGCCACAGAGAGUGUGGACCACAUGGUUGAACUUCGCAGGUGUCCCGAUGAAGGUGUUCGAAAUGCAGCCAAGGAAGCGGUCCUCUCUUUCGGUAAAAAAGGCCACGCGGCCUUCCUGAGGAUGGAGCAGCUUGACUUGGAGAUGCAGGAGGACUUUUUUCAGAAUUUGGAGACCGAGAUCACUUUCCUAUAAGGGCAACUGAUGUUUUCUUUGAUUUUAUUUUCAUGGCUAACGCAUGGUGAUAACUUUUGAUACAUAUUUAAAAUAAUAAAAUCAGCUAAACGGA